AUAACCUCAAAAUAAGUGCACCUAGAGUAAUAUUGCUUUUGGUUAAUUAUUACCGAAAGCUUUUCAGUCUUGUUAUUUUAUGUACAAUUAAUUAGAGUAAUAGUAUUACAUUUUUAAAAAGUAUUUUUAUAAAUAAAACAAAAUAUAAUGGCUCUUCACGUUCCUAAAGCCCCAGGUUUCGCCCAAAUGUUAAAAGAUGGUGCUAUGCAUCUAUCUGGUCUCGAAGAAGCUGUUUUUCGUAAUAUUGGAGCCUGUAAAGAGUUUGCUGAAACAGUCAAAACUGCAUAUGGUCCAAAUGGUAUGAACAAAAUUGUUAUAAAUCACAUUGACAAAUUGUUUAUUACUAAUGAUGCAGCUACUAUUGUCAAAGAACUUGAUGUUGAACAUCCUGCUGCUAAAAUUAUAGUAAUGGCCUCUGAAAUGCAAGAACAAGAAGUUGGAGAUGGCACAAAUUUUGUAAUAAUUCUAGCUGGAGCACUACUUGAACAAGCAGAAUUAUUAUUAAAAAUGGGAUUAACACCAGUUGAAGUAUGUGAUGGCUACCAGGUAGCUCUGGAUAAAGCUAUUGAAUUAUUACCUUCUUUAGCAUGCCAUGAAGUUAAAGAUAUUAAGAGUAGUUCUGGCGAAAAAAUUUUAGCAAAAGCUGUAAAAUCUUCAAUUAUGAGCAAACAAUAUGGACAAGAGCAGUUUAUUUCUGAUCUUGUUAUUGAAGCUUGCUCUUCUAUACUACCAGAAAAAUCUACAUUUAAUGUAGAUAAUGUGAGAGUGUGUAAAAUUUUGGGUUCAAAUUUGUACAACUCUUCUGUUGUUAAUGGAAUGGUGUUUAAGCGUACCAAUGAAGGAGAUAUAACAAAGCAAACAAAUGCUAAAAUUGCUGUAUAUACAUGCCCUAUUGAUAUAACUACCACAGAAACUAAAGGUACAGUCCUUAUCAAAUCAGCAGAAGAAUUACAAAAUUUUAGCAGAGGAGAAGAGAUGGUACUUGAAGAACAAAUUAAAGCUAUAGCUGAUGCUGGUGUUACUGUAAUUGUGGCUGGUGGAAAAUUUGGUGAUAUGGCAUUGCACUAUUUGAACAAAUAUAAAAUUAUGGGUGUUCGUUUAAUGAGCAAAUUUGAUUUAAGACGGUUAUGUAAAUCUGUUUCAGCCACAGCUUUACCAAGGCUUACAGCACCAAAUAAAGAAGAACUUGGUUUUGCUGAUAGUGUUUAUGUUGAUGAACUAGGAGAUACUUCAUUAGUUGUUUUUCGUAUAGAUGGUAAAGAGUCUCGUAUGUCCACAAUUGUAGUUCGUGGAGCAACUGAUAACUUUAUGGAUGAUGUUGAAAGAGCCAUUGAUGAUGGUGUUAACACAUUUAAAGGAGUCACUAGAGAUGGUAGAUUACUACCGGGAGCUGGGGCAACUGAAAUGGAACUCGCUCAUCAAGUUAGCAAGUAUGCCGAUACAUUACCAGGGUUAGAACAGUAUGCUGUUAAAAGAUUUUCUGUAGCAUUAGAAGGAUUUGUAAAAAUAUUAGCUGAUAACACAGGAGUUAAAUCAAAUGAAACUCUUGCUGAAUUAAAUUCUUUGCAUAGCAAAGGCAAUAAAAAUGCUGGGUUCAAUAUUGAAGCAAAAGGAUCUUCAUUAUUAGAUGUUGUAGAAGCUGGUAUUGUUGAUUCAUAUCUUGUAAAAUACUGGGGCUUGAAAUAUGCUACAAAUGCAGCUUGCACAAUUUUGAAAGUUGAUCAAAUUAUAAUGGCUAAGAGAGCGGGAGGUCCAAAAGCACCUGGUGGUCGUGCACCUGAUAAUGAUGAUGAUGCAUAAUCUAUUUGAUUUGCAAAUUUUAUAUCUUCUUUUCACUCACUAAUACAUGUUACUAACUUAAAACAUCUUAAUAAUAUUGAUAUUGUAAUUAUAUUUUUUACAUGAAAUGUUAAAACUAAUUUAUAAAAUACAUUUCUAUUAAAAAUAAUAAGUAUUGUUUA